CUGACGCGGCUGCUGUGUGCCCCGCAGGAGGAGCUGACGCCGGGCGUGGUGUACGUGGGGCACCUCCCGCGGGGGCUCUGCGAGCCGCAGAUCUACGAGUACUUCGAGCAGUUCGGGACGGUGACGCGGCUGCGGCUCUCUCGUUGCUUGCAGACCGGAGCUAGCAAAGGCUACGGAUUUAUAGAGUUUGAGUCCGAUGAUGUGGCUAAGAUUGUUGCAGACACAAUGAACAACUACCUGUUUUCUGAAAGACUGCUGAAGUGUCAGUUUGUAUCUCCUGAAAGGGUCCAUGAAAACCUCUUCAAAAACAGUGACAGAAUAUUCCGGAAGCCUUCUCAGCCGGCGGUCAGGCGGUACAAUAAGAUACGCUCGCUCCUUCAGAAGGCAAAGAUGACAAAGCGGCUGCUGCGGAAGGAGAGGCUUCUCCGGAAGAGGCUGGCUGAGAAGGGGCUCGAUUAUGACUUCCCGGGAUUUGCUGCACAGGAGCUUUCCAUAAAGAGAAAAAAAGUUAAAACAGCCAAGAAGCCAAAAAUGAACGUUUCUUUGAGCAGCCAGGAUCCUACUCCAGUCUGCACUCCAACGGUGCUCGAGCGCCGGAAAGCUUCCCAGGCAGAUGAUGACGCAGAGGACAGUGAAAUUACUCUCAGACUGCCCCCUGCCAGUGUUAAGAAUGCUGUGCAGAGACCGAAGAAGAAGCCAAGAAAAAGACCAAACCUGAAGAAACAGACUUAA